UUCAGCCUGGCUUCAUUUUCUACCCCGCAGAGAAAGGGACUAAGACCGGGCAGUUUCCAGCUCGGAUAGAAACCCGGACAGUGUCUCCAGUAAGGGAGCGAGCCGCCUCCUGCCCUGGCAAAUGCCAAAUCCACACCGGACCCAGCGCCACCCCAGCAAUGGGCUUGUUUUAAUGGAGAAGUCUUGGUGUGGAACAAGGCCAAACUGUUUACGUAAUGUUGGCAGAAACAAAUGGCAAUAAAAAUCUCAAUGAACUGUGAAGAGCAGCAGUGGAACUACUGUUGAACAGGAUGACUGCAUUUCUGCCUGUGUCGCUACAGACCUUCGUGGAAAUCCAAGCAGACACAGAACAUCUGUGGUAUGUGUCUAUAAGGCAUGCCAACUGAAGGAUAGACCUCUUCAGCAAAACCCUGGGAGCUCUAUCAUUUCAUAUCAUCAAGCUUUGAAAAAAAAAAUUCAAGUACUACUCAAGGCUUCUGGAUGAGUAGAAGAAAAAUAGUAAGCAGUGCCCUGAGAGAUUAAUUGACUAGGGCAAUGGCAGAAAAGUUUGACUGCAUCACCCAUGCCCAUGGGUUUGAUCUAGGUGCUCGUUACAUCGAGUUGAAACCUUUGGGAUAUGGUGCCAACGGGUUGGUUUUUGCAGCAAUUGACAGCCAAAGUUACCGUAAGGUUGCAGUGAAGAAGAUCAUUAUUAGUGACUCCAGAAGUAUCAAACACGCUCUACGAGAGAUCAAAAUCAUCCGUCGAUUGGAUCAUGAUAACAUCGUAAAGGUUUUUGAGGUCCUUGGCCCCAAAGGAAGUGAAAUACCUCGUGAUAUCUGGAGGUUGAGUGUGGUCUACAUAGUCCAAGAACACAUGGACACGGACCUUGCUCGCCUUUUGGAGCAGGGCCCCCUCUCAGAGGAACACGCUAAGCUUUUUAUGUAUCAGCUACUUCGCGGACUCAAAUACAUUCACUCAGCUAAUAUACUACACAGAGAUCUAAAGCCAGCCAAUAUCUUUAUCAACACCGAAGAUCUUGUGUUGAAAAUUGGUGACUUUGGAUUGGCAAGAAUUGUGGACCCGCAUUAUUCACACAAAGGUCACCUUUCUGAAGGUUUAGUAACCAAAUGGUAUCGAUCUCCUCGCCUCCUUCUGUCUCCGAACAACUACACCAAAGCUAUUGAUAUGUGGGCUGCAGGUUGUAUAUUUACAGAAAUGCUAACUGGGAAGAUGUUGUUUGCUGGUGCUCAUGAGCUGGAACAGAUGCAGCUCAUUCUGAAAACAAUUCCUGUUCUCCGAGAGGAGGAUAAGCAGGAUCUCCUCCGUGUUAUGCCAGCGUACAUCAACCCAAAAUGGGAGGUAACUAAACCACUGAGCACAAUACUUCCUGAAGGAAAUGCAGAAGCCAUUGAUUUCCUGGAAAAGAUCUUGACAUUUAACUCUAUGGAUCGAUUGACUGCUGAGGAAGGCCUAGCACAUCUCUUUAUGAGCCCUUAUUCCUGCCCGCAGGAUGAACCAGUAUCCCAGCAUCCUUUCAGGAUCGAAGAUGAGAUAGAUGACAUACUGUUGAUGGAAGCAAGUGAGAACCAGAUGUCGAACUGGGAGAGAUAUCAUGACAGCCUCUCUUCUGAUUUUGAGCUGCUCCGAGACAAAUACGGUGACAUGGAUGAAGCCCAGCGUGAUCCUCGUGCUACAUUGAAAGCUGUUGCAGAGGAUGUGCAGGUUGACCCUCGGAAAUAUUCGCAGAGCAGCUCUGAGCGACUCCUGGAGCAGUCCCACUCCUCCAUGGAUCGGAUGUGUGAAGUUGACUAUGGACGGUCUUGUGACUAUAAAAUCGGGUCACCCUCCUAUCUGGAUCGACUAUUGUGGAGGGACAACAAACCACAUCAUUACUCAGAGCCCAAGCUCAUUCUGGAUUUAUCUCAUAGGAAAAGAACUGCGACUGCCUCCUGUGUGGCCGUCUCACUGGAUGAAGGGAAAUCUGACCUCCUUUUGAAGGUCUCAGACUGUAAGAAUGGGAGUCCUUUCAAAAUUGAUUGCUCUAGCUCACUGCCAAAUAUUCAGGAAAGGAGUCAGCCAUCAUCCCCUCGCACCUUGGCAUCUUCAGAAACAUCAAAUGGAGGGGGUUCCCAAUUUGAUUUUGAUGUCUUCAUAUCUAGAGCCUUAAAGCUUUGUGGGAAGCAAGAAGAAAUAGCUGAUAGUAAAUUGAAUGAUUUGAAUGGCACCUGCAUGCCAGAACAUACCAAUGAAAUUGUUCAGGCAGAAGUUAAUGAAAAGGAGAGAUGGUAGAAAAAUAUUACAACAUCUCAGUAGGAGUUUUACUUUGUAAGGAUGGUGUAUCAGCAAUGUAACACAUAUAGGGUUUGCUGACCUGGAAAGCCUUGGGGGAGGUUUACAGCCUAGGAUUAGUCCUUCAUCAGUUUGGAAGAUAGCUACAGAAAAUACUGAUAGCCUGGUAACCUUUUGACAUUAUAACAGUAUUUCAGUUAACAAUUCAAAGCUUACAUUGUUUUUCCGUAUUCUCAGUCAAUGGACCUGCCACAAUGUGUAACUAGUUUUAACUGUCCUGCCUGAAAGACCAAUGCCUCUGAAGUGACACAGACUUGGAUUUUACUGUAUUCACUGAUCCUAACCAAAAAGUCGCUAGGGAUCACUCCCACCAAACGCUCACAGCUAAUUUACGCUGGAAAUAGCAUUAAUUGACAGAGGUAGAGAAUUCUGCCCACAUUACUAAUAAGGAAGACCUGUCCGAGAGACGCAAACCAAUAGGGGGCAUGGUUAGUAAGUUUGCAGAUGACACCAAAAUUGGUGGUAUAGUGGACAUUGAAGAAGAUUACUGAGACAUUUUGCUGAAUUUGUUCAGUGGGCUGAAAUUUGGAUAAAUUAAUACCAUAAUUGCAUUUUGCUAAUACAAACAAGGGUGAGACUUAUAUAAUAGGAUGGAUAUUAUUAAACUGGAGAAGGUUCAGAAAAGAUUUAUCAGGAUGUUGCUGGGAAUGGAGGGUUUGA